AUGCGCAAAGCCAAUGAGACGCUAGUGUACCAGAAUGAGCGAUUACUAGAGCAGUGCAAAAGUCUGACGUUAAUAAUUGUGCAGCUUACGUCAAGACUGCACAAUGAAAUACUUGAGCAUACAACAGAUCGGGAAAACUUGGAAGCUGAGAACAUGAGAAUGGCUACAAAACUGAUGCUUUAUCAGCAGCAGUACUCAGUCGCUAAUGCAGACUGGAAUGCCAAAGAAGAAGAGUUGAAGAGUUGUAUGAAUGAGGCAGAACGACUGUGCAGCCAAUACAAACAGCAGAAACUAGCGUUGAGACGCUUUGAAAUUGCGAGAGAUGAUCGCAAUGCUGGAAGUCACAACGACCAGGCUAGAAUCCAAAGUGGCUUACUGGAGAGAGAACGAUCUCACUUUUUUGCUAAAAAUGCGCAAAAGCGCGAUACGGAGGACGGAACGUUGUUGCAAGUAUCGCACUUGAGUACGCAAGUCACUCUGCUGGUGGCUGAGCUGGAAAAAGUGGUUAAGGAAAACAAGGAGCUGCAUACAAAGCAGUCUAGGUGCUACUGUUGCCGUAAUUCCCCUCGACGUGAAACUCAUGACUCCGAUUCGAAAGCUAAAAAACAUUUUAUGAACCGAAUUCAACAGAUGGAGCAUGACCAGCAGCAAGUGGAAUCUAAACGCCGCGCGUUACUUCUCGUAAACGCGAAACUUAUUCAGGAUCAGAAACAAUUUCAUGUAAAGAACGUGAGUUUAUUGAAUAAAGUUCGUGAACUAACGGAGUCUGUGAAUCACUGGCGACUUCGUGACGAGAGACGAAGGAACAUUGUGGGACAGCCAAGAUGGCCUCCUAAAAGUAAAGCUAGACUUCCUUUGUCUUGUGUCAAGAAAGGUUCGACAAGAGGCCUACCGAUAGACACCAUUGAGCAACGAGCGAAAAAUAACGGGCAGAAGAUUUCGCAGGAGAGUUUAACGCAAGGUCAAAUCUCGUCGCAUGAAUCAUCCGCGGCUGGGCUACGGUUGCCACAGACGCGUGAUGUAGACGUGUUCAUCGGUCUUGAUAAUGGUACAUGCGUAAUAAGCAGCCAAACUACGUCAGCGUCGCUUGGAAAAAGGAAACACAAACAGGAGGAGCAGACUGCACGAUUUGUGAUACAACAAAGGUUGACGCAGGUUUGA